AGUCGUUGACCUGCCUGCAGCUCCUCUCGUCAGUCCCAGCCUGCAGAGCAAACAGUCGGACUCAUGACUCUGUUUGCACACAGUUUGACACAACUUCAACAACUCGGAGGCCAAAACACCUGCCUGAUGGACCCUGAGGUUUAAUCAAACGGGAUUUUGCAAUGCCACUGUGACAAAGACACAAGGAUCAUGCCGUCACACCGCAGGGGAAGGAGUCUCUCCGAUUCCCUGAUCCUGGACCAAUCAGAUGACGGAGGACUGGUCGUUUCCAGCAUUGACAACAAGUCCUCAGCCAAUCAGGGACUGAGAGAAGGGGAUGAACUUUUGGGGGCAACAAUCAACUUUGAUCAACUUUCAAAAGCAGAGGUUUUGAAAGUACUGAAGAUGAUGGAGCCGUUUGAUGCCAAGGUCCAUGUUCUCACCAGGAACAACAUGAGCAAGAGUCUUGGAAAUUUGGACCAGUGUACCAAGAGUCCUGAGACGAUGCUGAACGAUUCCUACAGCAAACUCUACAAUGCCAAAAUCAAGAAGUUUAUGAAAGAUGACUUGCACGGUGCCAAGGAGGGCUCUGUGAACAAGGAGGUUACUCCCAAGUCAACUGUACCAGGCUCAUCGAAGGUCAACCUAAAGCACAACAUGGGGUUGCCUCGCCUUGGAGUUGACUUUGGAAUUGAAAGUCAAAAGAAGAAGACUGUGGCCACAGACGUUGAUGCCGGAGAAUUAUCAUAUGACAGCAAUCUGAACCUUCCACCUAUGGGUCUUGGGUUGAAUAGGACUUCUCUAAGUGGAGCUCAGGUACCAAGACUGAAAGUGAAUGCUAGGAGUCCACAAUUUAAUGCUCCAGACUUCCAUCUGUCCAAAACAUUACCAGAGGGUCCAAACACUACAGCUGGUAUACGACUGCCAAACACUGAUAGUCCGUCAAUUGACUUGACAAUGCCAUAUCUUGAAAGAACUCAAAUUGGGCUGGAAAGCAAUGGGACUUUUAGAGCUCCAGAAAUGGGUAUGGACUUAAAAAGUUCAGGUGUUACUACCCCUGACAUUGGGAUAAACCUUAAGGGGGGAAAUAUCACUGGUCCAUCCUUUGACACUGGUGUCCAGACCCCAGAUGUAGGAACCCCAGAUGUUCCCUCAGGUAAACUCGGUCUCAAGUAUUCCAAGAGACUGAAAAACCCACAUCUAAAUGUGGACAAUCCUACCGGUUAUGUAGAGUCACCCAAGCUUAGGCUGUCUGGAGGAUCUCCUGACUUGGACCUAGAAAUGCCAGGUGUUGAUGUAUCACAACUUGAUAUACAUAGGCCGGACAUUGACAUGCCUUCAGGGAAAGUCAAAGUGCCAUUUAAGAAACCAAAGAUUGAUCUUAAAUCUCCGGAUUUAAAUCUUGAUGCCCCAUCUGGUAAAUUGACUAUGCCCAAAUUUGGGUUCUCAGGCAAAGGUGAAGCUGAUGGUAAAACACCUGACCUAAGUCUUGAAACACCAAAGAUAAAAGGUGGAAUUCAUGGACCUAAUGCAAAUCUACCCAAAGUUGACCUAAAAGGACCAAAGUUAGCCAUUGGCUCUCCAACUGGAAAAUACAAAGCUCCUUCGUUUGAAAUGCCCAAAUUCGAUUUACCAGGCAUUCAAGUUCCCAGUUUUAAUGGAGAGGGACCAGAUGUGGGACCAGAUGUGCGAUUGGCAGCGCCAGAUCUCAAAGCUAGAAUUGCAGAUCCAUAUGUUGACAUGAAUGUCCCCUCAAGUGACUUUGACUUUCCAAGCCCAUCUGAAAAGCUCAAAAUGCCAGGUUUUGGUCUAUCUGGGCCUAAAGUUAAAGGCCUUGAAUAUGAUUUAAAAAAUCCAGGCAUGGAUGUAUCCGCUCCCAAGUUUAAAGGGAGGGGCAUCAAUUUGCCUGGUGGUGAUCUCAAAGCUCCAAAGGUAGACCUUAAUAGUCCUGAUGUGGAUGUUAAUAUGCCUUCUGGUAAAUUAGGCAUUGAUGCAGAAGCUCCCUCUGGCAAGCCUAAACGGCCAAAAUUCAAACUCUUUGGCGCAUUACCAAAGAAAAAAGAUGUAGAUAUCAAUGCAGGGAUGAAAACACCCGAACUAGCUCUGAAAUCCCCUAAGAUAAAAGGCAUAAAUGCUCCUGAAGUGGAUCUUAAAGCUCCAGAUUUAGACCUCCACUCUCCAGAUUUAAACAUUGGUUCACCCAAAGGAAGAUUCUCAAUGCCAGGUUUUAAAAUGCCAGAUUUUGGACUGUCAGGACCAAAGCUGAAAGGGCUUGAUGGUGAUCUAAAGACUCCUGACUUUGAUCUCUCCGCCCCUAAAUUUAAAGGUGAUAUUGGUUCCCCAGAUUUAAAUUUGCCCAAGAUGGACCUUAAUAAACCAAAUGGACAUAUGGACAUAAACACAAAUCUGAAUUCACCAGAUCUGAGUCUGAAAGCUCCAAAGAUAAAGGGUGGAUUUGAUGCCCCUGACUUGGACUUACCAAACAUGAACCUUAAAGCUCCCAAGUUAGAUGUGAAUACUCCAGAUGUCAACAUUGGUUCACCCAAAGCAAAAUUUAAAAUGCCUAAAAUGAAAAUGCCUAAAUUUAAUCAACCAAAACUGAAAGGACCUGAGAUUGAUGGAAACUUGGAUGGCCCAGAUCUUGAUGUAACUGUACCAAAUGUUAAUCUUAAAGGUCCUAAAGCUGAAGUGGGAAAGCCAGAUUUUGAUAUUUCUGGUCCUUCAGGUAAAUUGAAAAAGCCAAACUUCAACCUGCCUGAUUUUGGACUUUCUGGUCCAAAGUUACAUGGCCCCAACCUGGGCCUCAAAACACCUGAUCUAGAUGUAUCUAGUCCCAAUCUCCAUGGUGGAAUAAAUGCACCAGACAUAAACAUGCCCACGUUUGAUCUCAAAAGCCCCAAACUAGACCUUAAUACCCCAAAGCUCAACUUAAACAUGCCAUCAGGUAAACUGGAAAUGCCAGAGCUUCAUGCUCCAGACUGGGAUGUCAAUGCUCCCUCCGGCAAAUUGAAAAUGCCAAAAUUAAACCUUUCAGGUACAUUACCAAAGGGACCAAAUAUGGACAUUGAUUCACCAGAUCUGAGUCUGAAAGCUCCAAAGAUAAAGGGUGGAUUUGAUGCCCCUGACUUGGACUUACCAAACAUGAACCUUAAAGCUCCCAAGUUAGAUGUGAACACUCCAGAUGUCAACAUUGGUUCACCAAAAGCAAAAUUUAAAAUGCCUAAAAUGAAAAUGCCUAAAUUUAAUCAACCAAAACUGAAAGGACCUGAGAUUGAUGGAAACUUGGAUGGCCCAGAUCUUGAUGUAACUGUACCAAAUGUUAAUCUUAAAGGUCCUAAAGCUGAAGUGGGAAAGCCAGAUUUUGAUAUUUCUGGUCCUUCAGGUAAAUUGAAAAAGCCAAACUUCAACCUGCCUGAUUUUGGACUUUCUGGUCCAAAGUUACAUGGCCCCAACCUGGGCCUCAAAACACCUGAUCUAGAUGUAUCUAGUCCCAAUCUCCAUGGUGGAAUAAAUGCACCAGACAUAAACAUGCCCAAGUUUGAUCUCAAAAGCCCCAAACUAGACCUUAAUACCCCAAAGCUCAACUUAGACAUGCCAUCAGGUAAACUGGAAAUGCCAGAGCUUCAUGCUCCAGACUGGGAUGUCAAUGCUCCCUCAGGCAAAUUGAAAAUGCCAAAAUUAAACCUUUCAGGUACAUUACCAAAGGGACCAAAUAUGGACAUUGAUUCACCAGAUCUGAGUCUGAAAGCUCCAAAGAUAAAGGGUGGAUUUGAUGCCCCUGACUUGGACUUACCAAACAUGAACCUUAAAGCUCCCAAGUUAGAUGUGAACACUCCAGAUGUCAACAUUAGUUCACCAAAAGCAAAAUUUAAAAUGCCUAAAAUGAAAAUGCCUAAAUUUAAUCAACCAAAACUGAAAGGACCUGAGAUUGAUGGAAACUUGGAUGGCCCAGAUCUUGAUGUAACUGUACCAAAUGUUAAUCUUAAAGGUCCUAAAGCUGAAGUGGGAAAGCCAGAUUUUGAUAUUUCUGGUCCUUCAGGUAAAUUGAAAAAGCCAAACUUCAACCUGCCUGAUUUUGGACUUUCUGGUCCAAAGUUACAUGGCCCCAACCUGGGCCUCAAAACACCUGAUCUAGAUGUAUCUAGUCCCAAUCUCCAUGGUGGAAUAAAUGCACCAGACAUUAACAUGCCCAAGUUUGAUCUCAAAAGCCCCAAACUAGACCUUAAUACCCCAAAGCUCAACUUAGACAUGCCAUCAGGUAAACUGGAAAUGCCAGAGCUUCAUGCUCCAGACUGGGAUGUCAAUGCUCCCUCAGGCAAAUUGAAAAUGCCAAAAUUAAACCUUUCAGGUACAUUACCAAAGGGACCAAAUAUGGACAUUGAUUCACCAGAUCUGAGUCUGAAAGCUCCAAAGAUAAAGGGUGGAUUUGAUGCCCCUGACUUGGACUUACCAAACAUGAACCUUAAAGCUCCCAAGUUAGAUGUGAACACUCCAGAUGUCAACAUUGGUUCACACAAAGGAAAAUUCAAAAUGCCCAAAUUCACAAUGCCUAAAUUUAGUGUCCCAAGACUGAAAGGACCUCAUAUUGAUGGAAACUUGGAUAGGCCCGCCGAUCUUGAUGUAAAUGUACCCAAUGUUAACCUUAAAGGUCCUAAAGCUGAAGUGGGAAUGCCAGAUUUUGAUAUUUCUGGUCCAUCAGGAAAAUUAAAAAGCCAAAUUUGA